UCGCUUGCAGGGAGGAGGGCGAAGCGAGCGAGUGAUCGAUCCAUCAAGGAAAGGAAGAUGGUGGAACAAGCGGCGUGGUUCCCUCGUCAGGCAGCGACCGGCUCCGUCGACCCCCAGCGCAGAGACUCCGCCCGGCCCGAAGCCGCUUCCUGAUAAACGCCCGGCUCGGCCCGGCCAUGCCUCGAAAACGCCGGGGCGAUGGAGCCCGUAGGGGCGGCCGAGGAGCUCGGAGCAAUGCCAAAAUGGAGUCCCAGGCCAGUGAUGAUGAGGCAGCCAGCGAAGUGUUGAGUCACUACAGCAGUGCCAGUGAGAGUGCCAGCGUAGUGGAGGAAGUGACAGGAGGUGAGGCAGUGGAUGAGCAGGCACAGCAAGAGGAGGUGGAAGAUAAACUGAAAGAGUGCAUUGACAAUGUGAUGGACAAGAGUGCCAAGAUCCGGCAGGUUGCUCUAGAGAGCCUGCGGAUAGCAUUCUCCUCCAAGACGCUAUUUGACUUCCUGUUGGAACGCAGGCUCACGGUCACGGACUCCUUGGAGAAGUGCCUGAAGAAAGGGAAAGGGGAGGAGCAGUCCCUUGCUGCUACUGUUCUUACGCUAUUGUGCCUUCAGAUGGGCUCGGGGCCUGAGGGGGAGGAGGUCUUCCGCAGCUUGAAGCCCCUCCUCAUCACCAUCCUGACAGACUCCUCGGCCAGCCCAGUCGCACGGCAAAGCUGUGCCACAGCUCUUGGGAUGUGCUGCUAUAUCGCUGCUGCAGAUGUGGAGGACCUGGUCUCCUGUCUUGCCUGCCUCGAGGGCAUCUUUGGCACUUCCUGCAGCACGGAUACCAGCUUAGUGCCCUCACACCACAGUCCUCUACUCCAGGCCUUGCAUUGCAAUGCACUCCAGUCGUGGUCCCUGCUCCUUACCAUCUGCCCGAACACCCAGAUCAAGAAGAUCCUGGACAAUCACUUACCUAAGUUGCCUCUGAUGCUGUCCAGUGAUAACGUCAACCUUCGGAUUGUGGCAGGUGAAACGAUUGCACUUCUGUUUGAACUGGCCCGAGACAUGGAGGAGGAUUUCUUUUACGAGGACACUGACCUGCUGUGCACAAAACUGAAAGCCCUGGCCACAGACAGCAACAAGUACCGAGCCAAGACAGACCGGCGCAAGCAACGCUCCAUCUUCCGCGACGUGCUGCAUUUCAUUGAGAACGGGGAAUUCCAUGAGGAGACCAUCAAGUUUGGAUUGGAGUGUAUGUACGUGGACAGCUGGGCCCGGAGGAGAACCUACAACGCCUUCAAAGAGGCCCUUGGCUCUGGUGUCAGGCACCAUCUGCAGAACAAUGAGCUGCUGCGUGAGGUAUUUGAGCUGGGCCCCCCACUCGUGCUGGACGCUGCGGCGAUUAAAGCCAGUAAGAUCUCGCGCUUUGAGAAGCACUUGUACAACUCAGCCGCCUUCAAGGCCCGGACAAAAGCAAGGAGCCGUGUUCGAGAUAAGCGAGCCGAUGUCCUCUGAAGGGAGCUUGUGUCCUCCUUCUUUCCAUACAAGCCAAUGAACUACAGACCCGGACCACUGUGAACACUGUGGGGUGGGGAGGAAGGGCCUGGGCCGAAGAUCCCCCUUGCGUCCACUCAUUCAGAAACCGGGCGUGUGCCAUGCCCCCUCGGCUCCCCCACCCUUGUCUGGGGGCUUUUAUAUAUGUACAGAAUGAUAUUUAAAUGUCUUUGAAGUUUGAAUCAUGGUGGGAUGGCAAUGGGCAGGUGCCAUUUUUAUUUUUUUAACCAAAAAUCUAAGCGAGGUUGGGUGGUGGGGAGACAUUCCUCUCCCUCUUCCCCCCCCCCACGGCUUUUUUAAGCCAUUGAUUUAUUUUUAGCCUCUUUUUCCUGCCUCCAUUGCUGAACGCCUUCUGCAGUUGCUAUUGCAGUGCGUGCAGUGAAAUCAAGGACUGGAUCUCCUCCCCACAGCUGUGGACUUUCUCGGCAAAGAACUCAACGCGAGAGGUUGGUUUAGUGUGAGGGUGCAGACUGCAGUGUCCACGCUGGAGGCAGGGAAAGGAUGGGCUUGAGGUUGGGUGCCUUGGGGUUCUUCCCCUCCGCUGUUGAAGGUAUUUGGCCUUGGAUGGAUGAAAUGUACGUUAGAAAUCAGUAGAGUUGAUUAAAGGCUGGGCUGUGAGCAUCAUGGAGGGGGUUCCACCUCUUCUCUGCUUGUGCAGUUGCUAAUUCUUGAUUGUC